CGCCCCCUUGGGGUGCCCGCAGGGUUUCCCCAGGCUCCUUCCCCUGCCGGACGGGGAACCAGGCAUACGCCAAGCUCUGGACAGAAACGGUGCCUGAAAACGGGUAUGUUCCAAGGAAGUGGUAAAUCUGCAUCACUCACAGGUGGACUCUCCGCAGCUUCAUUUGUAGACUAUCCCAAGCACAAGCCCUUCAUUAAUUCUGAUCUGCUGCACACCCCUGGGAGACCAGUAAUACCAUAUCCAGAAAGUAACAGCAGAGCAAUCCUUUCUGCUUUGAAGAAUCUCCAGGAAAAAAUUCGCCGGUUGGAGCUGGAACGCAUGCAGGCAGAGGAGAACGUGAAGCAUCUGAGCAGAGAAACAGCUGACUAUAAGAAAGUGCUAACUGAAGAAAUGCAACAGAGGGAGCAAUCCAAGACUGAGGUGUCAAAGCAAAAUCAAGUUUUGGAACGGCACUUAGCACAUUGUGAAAGCUGCAGGAAGCAGAUGACGACGACAACAACUGAAUUCACGUUUCCACUGUCUCCGAUAUCUUCAGAACUGGCUUCCCAACUGUCAACUGCUGAAUCACGUUGCAGACUUCUAGAGAAGCAGCUGGAAUAUAUGAGGAAAAUGAUUGAGCAUGCAGAAAAAGAAAAGACAAGCUUGUUGGACAAACAGGCCACAUUAGAGAGAGAGAGACUUGAUCAGUCGCAUGUUCAGUCUAAAUUGGAGAAGCUGGAUAUGCUGGAACAAGAAUACACCAAACUGACUGCAAUGCAGUCCCUAGCAGAGAAAAAAAUGAAAGAGCUGGAACAGAAACUGCAGGAGGAGGAACAUGCAAGGAAGCUUGUGCAGGACAAAGCAGCUGAGCUUCAGAUGGGCCUGGAAACCAGCAAAAUACUGUUUCAGGCAGGGUCACCAUCAAACUCUGCAAAAUCAAGAAAAACGAAGAAGAAAGCCAAGCACUCAGAUAAGAAAUGCUCUCCUUCAGGCCAUCUUAACACUCAGCCCCACUAUAGACUGUGUCUGGGUGAUGUGCCGUUUGUAGCUGGAAAGUCUACUGGUCCCAGCCAUUCUGUUGGUGCCAAUGUCCAGCAUGUGUUGCACCUGAUGAAACAACACUCAAAAGCCCUGUGUAACAAUCGCGUGGUCACUGAUGUUCCACUAGCUAAGUCCAUUGGCAGUGUCCCUCAUACCAGCAAAGACAGAAAGCCCUCCUUGUCGAAUGACUCUUCUUCAUCCCAGGAAGAGCUCUCAGAAGUGCUGCUGACUUUGCAGGAUGAAUUUGGACAAAUGAGUUUUGAUCACCAGCAGCUAACAAAGCUAAUCCAGGAAGCUCCAACCAUUGCCCUCAGGGAAGACCUGGAGAGGGAACUUGAGGCACUGGUGGGAAGAAUGGAGGCAAAAGCAGAUCAAAUCAGUAAAGUCCGGAGACAUCGGGCACGGCUUGAUAAACUCAAGAGAGAAUGUAAAUCCAAAAAGUCUUGUGGUGAAGAGAGAGACAGAAGGUUUACAAAGGGAACUAGUGAGGUGAGAGUGACAACAACUGUGACUACAAGGGGCAAGGAUGCUGGUCCCAUCAAAGUAAAACCUGGAGAAAAAAGCCGGAAAAACCUACAGCUGUUGCGAGACAUGCAGAGUAUACAGACUUCACUUCAGAAAGAUGAUAUCAGCUGGGACUACUGACUUCUGUACUGCAGGAGCAUUUUUUUUUUUUUUUUUUGUCUCCACCCAUCUAGAUUUUUUUUUUUUUUUGUUCCAGGUCUAAAGCAACUGCCUUUUUCUAAUGUGUGAAAGAGACUACUGCAUACUAAGUGCACUUUUUAAAUUGUAAACCCCCCUCACUCUUCCAUCUCUAGGUGCGAUCGUGUUCUGGUCUUAAGCCAAACAAUGUACAUAAAGAACAAGCUUCACUCUUAAAAGUAUCCCUGCUGAUAGCCCUUUGCUGCUCCCUUUUCCUGCUUACCAUCUGCAGGUUGUCUUUAUUUCACUGUUUUCUUGGGGUGGCUUGACUAAAAGGCCUACCUGAUCUUACAGCUUACACUGUUGAAAUUUUACACAGGUAGGUGUUUAAAGACGUAUCACAUGAAAACAAAACUUGGACAUGAGUUUAAAAAGCAUUAGCAAUUCUGUGUGUGUGCAGCUGCUGUUAUAGGCUUUGGUGUUAGUGUUUUGCUUUCUUCAGAAAACCCACCCUGUCCUUGUUCUGCAGCAUUCCACUACCCACUUCUAACUGUUCUGGAUGCUUUAACAUCCACAAAGAAGGAACAGUCAUCAUUUUUUCCAGUUGGUUUUCCUUUAACAACUAAGAGUAAUGAUAUUUAAGACCAAAGGGAGUAAGCUGUCUUCAGAAAUAGCUUCCAUUUUAAGCAUGCCCACAGGAUGUCAAGAUAAAACUCAUUACUGGCAUAUUCCUUUAGACGGUAAAGGGCUAAGAGAAGCAUUGAGAUAUUUUAAAGUGCAAGUGCCUCAAUCAUGCCAGGCAGCUUGCUUUUAACUUGAAUUCUUCAUUUUGGCUGUGUGAAUGUUGUCAUACAAACAUGAAGGUAAAAUGACUUGCCUAUCUAAGUGAAUUAUUUAUUAUGUUAAUAAUGUACAGUUUCCUAUUCAUGGAAUAUACAGAAGACUGAUUACCUCUAUAAAGUUAUGAAGUUAUGAUUGGAAGCCAAUAAAGCCAACCUGCUGAAGUGGACCAG